AUGUCAACAUGCAAAUAUGAUGGAAGAGGUGAUCCAAGCAGCUUCAUAAUGUCCUUUGAGGGACGUAUAAUUUUGUACACCAACUCAGACGCGGUUUGGUGCAAGGUCUUUUCGACCACCUUAACCGGGGCAGUAGACGAUUGGUUCAAUAACCUGGAAAGUGGUACGGUGGAUAGCUUUGAAAGGCUAACAAAAAUGUUCGUGGGGCAAUAUAUCAGCAACAGUGUUUGGCAGAGAACCUCAUGGGAGUUAAUGGCUAUAGGGCAGAAAGCGGAAGAGUCUCUAAAGGACUACAUCAGGAGGUUCUAUAAUGAGGCAAACACAAUUCCAAAGUUGCAGCAGGAGAUAGCCGUUAUGGCACUAAUGAAUGGCUUGAAUGACUCUGAGUUCAAGCGGUACCUAACAAGAAAAAAAAAAAUUCCGACAGUGGAAGCAGCUUUUAACAUAGCUCAUGAUUAUAUAAAGAGCGAAGAGUUGAUGAAAACAAGUAGCCGAGUUGUCCUGGCCAAUAAAGUACCGCAUUCAUCUGAGGGGGCAGCCUCAAGAAGUGGAAGGCCGAAAAAUCCGGCCCCAAUGAGGGGAGGAGGAAAUCGGUAG